UUCAGCUACUCACCCUUCAGCUGGUUUAUUAAGUAAAACAUUUACUCCGCCCAUCCAAUCCAAUUAAAAACGCGAAAGUACCAAUUCCGCGCUCUUAUUUAAAUAAGUAUUCUAAAGGCAGAAAUACCUCAUUUUCUUCAAACAACAUUACUUGACAACAAUUAUUUCUUAAAAAUGGUUCAAUAUAAACUUUAUUAUUUUGAUGUGAAAGGUUUAGGUGAAGCCAUAAGAAUUUGUUUUCAUUAUGCUGGUGAAAAGUUUGAUGAUAUACGUUUUACACAUGAAAAAUGGCCAGCCGAGAAAAAUAAAUUUUUCUAUGGAAAAGUUCCUGUGUUAGAAGUUGAUGGAAAACAGUUAAGCCAGAGCGGCGCAAUCCUUCAUUAUUUGUCAAAUAAAUUUGGUUUGGCUGGAAAGGACGAAUGGGAGAAGGCUAAAAUAAUCGAAAUUUUUGAUUUUUACAAGGAUGUUUACAACGAAACGGCGCCUUACAUAUAUGCAAAAGCGGGAUUUAGAGAAGGGGAUGUGGACAAACUUCGAAAGGAAGUAUUUUUGCCUGCAGCGGAACGAGUCUUUCCACUUUUUGUUAAAUUGCUGGCAGAGUCUGGGUCGGGAUUUUUCGUUAAAUCUGGCUUAACUUAUGUUGAUUUUGUAUUGGCUGAAUAUUUUGAAUUGGUCCGUUCAUUUGAGCCGGAAAUUGUCGGGAAAUACAAAGAAUUGAUUGCUUUUAUUGACAAAGUUCAUUCUGUCCCGAAACUAAAAACUUAUUUUAGUACUCGAAAAUAA